CAGGGGCCCAGGAAACCAGAAAUGGACUCAGUGGCCUUUGAGGAUGUUAAUGUGGAGUUCACCAUGGAGGAGUGGGCUUUCCUGGAUCCCACCCGGAAGAAACUCUACACAGAUGUGAUGCUGGAAACCUUCUGGAACCUGGCAUCAAUAGAAGAACAAUGUGACAACCAUGACAGUGAAGAUCAGUAUGAAAAUUAUGGGAUGAAUCUUAGAUAUCAUGAAAUGUAUACUGGGGAGAAACCCUAUGAAUGCAAGCAAUGUGAGGAAACCUAUAGUCAUCCCAGAUCCUUUCAAAUUCUCAAAAGCUCUCAUAGUGGAGAGAAAGCAUAGCAAU